AUGGGCGGCGGCGGCGGCGGGCGCGGCCCCGCUCGCACGCAGGUCGGGGGCUGCCGGCAGGAGAGGGCUGCGCUUCGCCGCCGCGGGGUUCAGCGCCGCGCCGGGCGCAUCGUCCCGGCCCCCAUCCCGGGCGCCGCCUGCGAGCGGAGAGAGCGUGAGGAGGGACCCGAGGCGAGAGAUCACCUCCCGGCGGAGCGGGGGAGGGACAUCUCCUCCUCCCCGCCGCCCAGCCUGUCCUCGGCUCCUCUCCGCCGAGGACUCGGCGGAGGCGGCGGCCCGAGAAGGUGGUCUCUCUUUUUUGCAAAGGCGAACCCGCUGACCCGCUCCCUCGGCUGGGGCAGCGAACGGGAGGGACAAAAAGAGCCUCUUCUCUCCUGGGAGCACCGUCACAUCAGGAGCGACACAAAGCCGGGCAAUACCAGCGAGGGGGAACCUAGCCGGCUUGGCGAGCAGCGGGAACGGGGCUCACCCCGCCGGUGCUUGCGAACGGGGCAGUCUCUGCCUCCGAGUGCGCAGCAGCCGCCAGGCACACACCCGGGAAGACCCCAGCAAAGCCCAUCCCCUCCUUCCCCCGCACAGAAGCUCCCGCCGCCGGGUCGGGGACUGGGCGCAGGUGCGCCUGUCACCGGAGAGGUUGCGGGUGCGGGGCCGACGAGCGCAGGUGGGAGCAGCCCUGCCAGCGGUGUCCGGGCGCGACCCCUUGUGAAAGGGAGGCUCCGGGAGCGCCUAGCCGCGAAGCGCCGCCGCCCACGGGAGUUCGGUGGGGACGGAAGACUUGCGAGGCGGUGGCGGCUGGCUGCAGCCGGGCGUCCCCGGGCCGAGGCGAGGACCGCCGGAGCAGCCUGCCGCCGGCUGCGGGGGAGCCUCCAUCCCGCCGGUCAGCAGCGCCGUACCGGGAGCGGGGCGGCAGGCUGCCGGCUCCCGAAGGGCGGCAGGGCACCGAACGAAGCGGGGCGACGACAAGGGGACUCACCCGGGGUCGGCGGGACGGGGCUGGGGCUGCCGCUGUCGCCGCCUGGAGGUAGGGCGGUCAGGUUGUUCUGGCUCCCGGCAGCGUCGGGGGGCCGGGGGGACCCAGCACCCGCCGCCGUGGAGAAGUGUCGAGGCUCUGCUGGGGCGGACAGAGGCUGCCGGAGGAAGAUGGUGCUCCUGGGGAAACAACACCCUCCGCUCCCCCCCCUCUCCCCGGCGCGGGCGGUCUGCUCGGCUUUGAUUGCGAGGCGAGGGCAUCCUGCCCCCGCCGCUCCCCCCUCCCGGGAUGGUUACAUACAAAGGCUGCUUUCCAGGAACUUUCCAGGAACCGCAUCAUGUGACAGGACCCGCUCCGGCGCCUCCGCCGCGAUCGCGGCCAGCCGGGGCCGACGCACCGAGCCGCCGCCCCUGUCACGCCGGGGCAGCGGUCGCCGAACGCUGCCCCGCGGCCCCCCCGCCUCCUCCUCCGGCCGCGGAGCCGCGGGCGACGCGCAGGUGGUUGCUGGUGAUGUUGCAGAUAGAAGCAGGCAUGGCAGGAGGGAGCAUGAGCUUUCCAGUGGAACAUGUGACAGCAGGGACCUGCUCCAGGAGUCUCAACUGAGGCAUCUCUGAACUGGACUGGAGAAUCUUGGUGACUCAGAUUGUUUAGAGAAGACUAAUUAUGUGUGUGAGUUGCUGCUUUUUUGUAUCUGUAUAAGCCUGUGCCAGACUCAUUCAGACCUGGUACUCUGAACAGACAAAGGUAAUCUAAGAUCAGGUAAUCUCUAAAAAUGCUGUGGGUUCACACUACCUGAUUUCAGAGGGCAAGCUUGUAUUUCUAAAUUUUAAAAAAAGUCCCUGAUGUCAAGAAGGACUUAUACUGGGAAUGUAAGAGGAAUAUAUAUGGCUUACAUUCACACUAGCUGGGCUAGUUCCCUCCAGAGCAGACUUGCAUAUUCACAUCCCACAGUCCUCCUUGGACUCUUUCUGGUGCCCCUCUAAACCGAACAUGCAAUACUGAUUUUUCUAUGUUAUCUUUCAGUUUGGAGUUUGUGAAAUGAUGGGAAACUGUCCUGCAGCCUGUGAGAAGGGUGCUUUCCUAGCAUCAAAGUGAAGUAUGUGUUGUAUGUUCUGGGAUGGGGUAACGUUUGGGGGCACAGUCAGCUUGGGCAAUUUAGAGGAGCAUGUAGUGUGAAGUCAAGCAAGAUGUGAUCUUGGGAGCAGUGCUUGGUGCAGGCUGUCCCUGCAGCAGUGGGAAGCCUCUGCUUUAACGAGGGCUUGUGGAACAGGGGGAGGCAAGGAGGAGGUGUGGGAGCAGCAGUGGGGGCCUGAGCUUGCUCCCAGACUGCUGCAGUAAGGACGUGCCCAGAGGGAUCCUGAGCAUCUCUCUGCUGCCGGGGCCACCUCGGGUGUGGCACAGCCCAGGGUCCUGGUUUCAGCUGCCAGAGUUACACAGGUAUUUUCACUGCAGAAUAAAUGCAUCACCGUUAAAGAAAUACAAGUCUUUUCCUGCAUCAUUUCCACAAAGUCAUGAGUUAAAAUCUUGGUCAUAUUGAAACAAAACACCCUGUUCUAACAAGUCAAGCUUUUGUCCACGGACUGGACAAGGCCUGGCUAGGCACUGUGUAGGUACUAACCACUGCUGCUCUUCUCUCACAGGCCAUUGUGUCACCUUUCAGCCUUACCAGUGGCCUCUUCAGGCUCACUUCAAAUCUUUCUCCAACAAAUAUGGCCAUAUAAAGUCAAUGAAUUGUAACCCCAUCCAGCCAACACACAGUGUAUUUCUUUCAGUAAUUUAAUACAAAUACAUGCUCUAGAAAGGGAAUUUCUGUCGUUUUUCUUACCUCUGCUUAUGGUGAAUUUCCCAUGAAUUUUACUUGCACUGUGCUUCUACUCUGGAUAGGAAAUCCUUUUUUCUUAAUCCAGUUCUAAAUUUUGUGGAACUCACUGCCACUCUGUUACCCCAUCACUAAUACCAGGAUUUUAACCGUAGGAAAAAUGGCAUGGUGGAAAGGGAAUUCUGUAAACAUCUAUUCUUGGAAAAUUACAAGUGAACCCACACUGAAGCCAGUCAGUAUUAAAAAUUUUAAAUAAAUUUUAAAAAGGAUAUGAAGCCUUAUGUUACUUAUACCAACCAAAUGUUAACUAAUUAAGGGUCAAGGGAAUUUUUUUCCUAGCAUUUAUUAUUCAAUAGAAAUCAUCAGUUUGUGUUAACUAAAGUGAAGGUAAGGACCACUCCUGCAGCCCAGCUCUGAUGCAGUGUAAUUCCUACAGACACCGACUUCAGAAAAAUGGUACUUAGCGUAUUAUUUGUUUAAACAAAUAAAACACAUUUGAAUGAGAAACUAGCAGUGUUUAAGACAAGAAACUUCAGCAGCGUUUAAAAAACUUAGUGCUAAUGACUAGGAAUGUUUAAGAAACACUGAUCUUUGCAUGAAACUAUUAAGCUGUUUUGUCACCGUUAGUGAGUAGGAAAUCCAUGUUUGUAUAGGAAGGUCAUGCUUCAAGAGUUUAAUCUUUUACUUGGGUUAAUUUUUAUUCUACAUGGUAAUGGCUUAGUGCAGUAGUUUUUCACUGUUCAUUUAAUUUUUCUCUGUUACUUUCAUGAUUAACAUUUUAUUAGUUUUAGCAGAAGAGAUGCUAAAAAUCAGCUCUUCCAGAUACCUUUUUUUUGUUGUUGUUGUUCUCUCAUAUUUUGCUGAUAGGGAGAUCCUUUUGCUGAGGAAUUGUAAACUUUGGUAGCAGUCAAAACUGGUCUUAUUUAAAAAGGUACACUGCCUCUGACCUGAAACUGUUUUUCAUCUUGACAAGCACUAAAGCUGAAUAUAAACGCAACUGUUUUCUGUAUUUAUGUUUCAUAAAGACCAGUUGGCAAGGCUUCUUAGUUCUACUGGCUGUUCCAGCAUCUUGUGUUGUCUCUACACGAUGAAAAACUUUGUGAUACAUUGAUUAUCACAUCUCACCUGCAUCACGACCCUUAAUAAACUGGCAUGCCAGGCCAUAAACUUCUACUUCUCCAGAAGCCACGAGAUGUCUGCAAAAUGUCUGAGCAAACACGCUGUUUAGUUCAUGCAGCUUCCACGUAUGUCCCACUGUCUGCUCUGCAGUGUUCCAACAGCUGUCGUUAUACUCAGUGGAACUAACAUUCUGUGUCAAUUGCAUUUAAAGUUUCAGAUAAUUCUGUGCAAAUUUCCCAGUAAAUCAUAAUUUAUCAUGUUCAUUUUUCUAGAAGUGCCUAAAGAUAACAGUUGAAAUCAUAAGCUCCCUUUAAAAGAAAUGCCAGAAAGAUACAUAAAUAACUGUCUUUUUUCUCCAAAGAGCUUAUUAUCUUUUAGCAUUAGAGGGUUGAUUAAAUACAAGGAGGUGAAAUUAAAAUCCCACACAACGUACAUUUACAAAUUAAAUGUGUGCGAAUUACUCUAUACAGAAAACCAAGAGUUCCUAUAUACAGACAACAUACUAUUGAAGGCUAGCAGAAACACUAAAAAUGGUUUUAUCUGAAUUUUAAGAGGAGUAUUUUACACAGGUGUGCUCCAAAAUAAAAAAAAAAAAAAAAGCCCCCAAUAUAGAUCUCCGAAUCUCAUCUUCAUCCUCCCUUCACAGAAAAGUAGAUGCAUCUCCAGAGAACAAUUGUGUGACAUAUUCUAGACAACAAAAUGUUAAAAUAAGAUCAACUACCUUGUGCACCUACUUUUUCUGUGUCAACUGACCAUAAGGAGAGCCUGUGAAGAUUAACUCGGGUUCAGAUGUCUAAUUAGUAUCUGUCUGAAUCUUGGAGAUAACCCUGACUUUUAUGUAUUGUAGGUACACAAUUUGUUCCUUUAUACUGGUGACUAGUGGGUUUGCUCCAGGUCAAUUUUGUUACAUUGUAGCAUUAAAACAAAAUAUACAUCUUCUAUUACA